GUCGUCCCUCUCGCAUGUUGGCAUCGCCCCGCUCGGCCUCACCUCCUCCCCCCUCCCUCCCCCCUACCGCCCUCCCUCUCCUCCAUUAGCAGGACGAGCAGAGCAGACGAGGACGGGACAGUCGAGGCAGCGCAAGCAGAAGAAAAAGAAGUAGCAGCAGCAGCAGCAGCAUCAUGGACGUUCUGAAGAAGGGCUUCUCCAUCGCCAAGGACGGCGUGGUGGCCGCCGCAGAGAAGACCAAAGCCGGCGUGGAGGAGGCCGCCGCCAAGACCAAGGAGGGGGUCAUGUAUGUCGGAAACAAGACCAUGGAGGGCGUGGUGACCGGCGUCAAUACAGUGUCCCAGAAGACAACCGAGCAGGCCAACAUGGUGGCCGACGCCGCCGUCGCCGGGGCCAACGAGGUCGCCCAGGCCACGGUGGACAGCGUGGAGAACGCCGCCUUAUCCACCGGAUUCGUCACUGUGCAGACCGAUGCUCCAAAAACAGACGAUGGAGGAGAACAGACCCAACAAGCCGCUCAGUAGUGUCAACACUCACUUCCUGUUUGUGCCCGUCCAAUGAGGAGAAAGAAGACCGGUUCCUGCCUUUCCUCGCGUGUUGUCUUCCUGUGCUUUUCGCCCUCUUCCCACACAACUCUCGGCUGAUUGGUCGGGAUGUAGAGUGACGUCACUCUGGCCCAACGUGCCGCCCCAAGCGUCCAAUCACAGGGCUGGAAGUCAGAAACACAUCCGAUGCCUUUUGCCGUGCAUGUAGCUUUGCCGAGAAACGCGCGCGCCUGCGCAUACACACACACACACGCAACCACUAAUGAAUCACUACACUUACCUGCAGUCUGUGUCGCUGUUAUUAACGGAGCUUCAGUGCUAUUUUCUUUUAUAAAACAAUACAAAUGAAAUAAAGGUACCUUUAACAUC